CAUUGAAUUAAAUGAUUUUAUCUAAAUUAAGUUUAAAGAAAGAAAUGGUUUUCUAAAUAAAUUUUUUGCAACAGCUAUGCUAAAAAGGUGUUGUGUUGCAUAAAAAUUGCUUAGUCCGUUGCCCAGCGUUUUGGGUAACUAGUCUUAUCUGAGUUCUGCUAAACGGGGGGAAAAAGAAAGAAAUAUGCAGUUUUAUGUACACUUUGUAGAGUAUUUGAAAUAAUAUGAAAUGGAUGUAAAGCAAGAUACUAUCAGUGUAGCCCAAGCACAAGGACUGACUAUCCCAAUAUAUGUCCUCGACGAUUUAUGCAGUCGAUUUAUCAUCAAUAUCCCGGAUGAAGAAAGACAAGACCUGAUUAGAGUGUUCUUUCAAAUAGAAUUGGCUCAUUGGUUUUAUUUAGACUUCUAUUGUGCUGAAAACCCAGAGCUUAGAACAUGUGGAAUCAAAGAUUUCUCUGCACAAAUCUUUAAACAUUGUCCAUUUCUGAGUGGACAUGCAGGAGAAGUGGAUAAAAUUUUGGACAACUGGAAAACGUACAAAAUGAGUGUACCAACAUAUGGGGGAAUCCUGUUGGAUCCAGAGAUGAAAUACUGUUUACUUGCUCAGGGAUUUUGGACCAAGAGCAGUUGGGGAUUUCCGAAGGGCAAGGUCAACGAAAAUGAGACUGCACAUGAUUGUGCCAUUAGGGAGGUUUAUGAAGAGACCGGAUUUGACAUCACAUCACUGAUAGACAAGAAUGAGUUUAUAGAGAACUAUUUUAAUGAUCAGCUAUCCAGACUUUACAUCAUAACAGGGGUGGGGCUGGAGACUAAAUUUCAACCAAAGACAAGGAAAGAAAUCAAGAGUCUUCAGUGGUUUCCUGUUGAUGCUUUGCCAGCCCACCGAAGGGACCAAACACCAAAAUCCCUGGACAUGAACCCCAACAACUUCUUUAUGGUCAUUCCAUUCAUCAAACCACUUAGGAAAUGGAUUUCCAAAAAGUUAGGACAGACUUAUAACAUAGAAACUGAAUUUGAUAUCAAGGGAGGCAACUUAUCAGGAGCAAAGCAGCUGAAGGCCAGAGACCAGACAGAAAGCAACACACGGCAGUUUGGAGAAGGCAGGGCCGUUCAGAGAGACAAACAAAAGCAGAAACUUCAACAGUAUUUCGCUCAGCAAAAUCACAAUGAGUUCCAGGAGUACAUGCAACACAAGGAUAAAAAGCAGAGAUCUGAUUCUCCCAGGAAGGAGGCUGGGAAAAUUAGAGGGGUGGAGAGCAAAUCACCAAAACCCAACAAAAAGCAACAUUAUUCUAUAUUGAACCGUGAUGGAACUGUGACUGGUGUCCAACCCGCUUUAGUUCAGAAUGUUCGUAGUCCCAACAAUUCUGCUGCUGGCCAAUCAAAGAAAAUCCUGGGCAGUCAGUUCAACAGCGCAGGUGGUGUUCAGGGUCCUAGACAGUCAAAUUUUAACAACAGUGCUGUCUCACUACCAGGAAACAAGAAUGAGGAGGGCAAAUCUCAUCAAUCAAGACAAAGGAAGUACAAAAAAAUAACGGAUCCUGAUGGACUAGGCUCAGAAAGUUGGCUAAACUUCCAUCUGGAUGUGAAUGCUGUUAUGGCAUGUUUACCUUAAAUACCUCAAGUGGACUAUGUGUGAUGUGAUGCAUCACAGUAUAUUUCAAAUUACGGUACGUGGACUGAACAUUUCCCAAGGAAGCGUACAAGUGCUGUGUUACAUUGGUGAAUGAAUUCCAGUCAGGAAGAAAUGUAAUACAUUUAAGUGUAAUGCAUGCAAGUGCAUAUGGAUGAAGAUUCAGUACAAUGCAAGUUGGCUGGAUUGCACUCGUUAACAGUGACCAUCCUGGACAAAGACUUGUGGAAUUCAAAUGUAUUAAAAAGUUUAUAGCUAGCUGCUGAACUUUUUGUUGCUUUGCAUACAGAGGGAACAAGAAUGUAAUAGUACAUGUAUUAUAAAGUUUUUGUAUAGUACUACUUAAAGAAACAAAUUCAGUACGUGUAUUAUAAAGUUUUUGUAUAGUACUACUUAAAGAAACAAAUUCAGGACAUAAAGGGGAAGUUUGCAGGAAGCAGAUUCAGGAAAUUGUUUUAUCAAAUAUGUUUUUUUAUAUAAAAAUCCUAAACCAGUGCCCAUA